UAUAAAAGGUGGGAACCAGCCAACCAGGGAUCACUAGACGAUAAGAAAUAUGCCGAUAGAAAUGGGCCAUAAUUGUUGCAGCAAGCAGAAGGUGAAGAGAGGACUAUGGUCUCCUGAAGAAGAUGAGAAGCUAAUGAAUCACAUACACAACUAUGGCCAUGGUUCUUGGAGCUCUAUACCAACAAUAGCUGGUUUGGAGAGGUGUGGGAAGAGUUGCAGGUUGAGGUGGAUUAACUACUUGAGGCCAGAUCUGAAGAGGGGUUCGUUUUCUGAGCAAGAAGAGAGAAUCAUUAUAGAUGCUCAUAGGGUAUUAGGCAACAGGUGGGCUCAGAUAGCCAAACAAAUGCCAGGAAGAACAGACAAUGAGGUCAAGAAUUUCUGGAACUCAUGCAUCAAGAAGAAGCUCAUUUCUCAAGGUUUGGAUCCCAACACUCAUAAUCCUAUCAUCCCGGCUUCUGAUGCCAAAUAUAACCAUGAUGGUAGGCUUAGUAGCUCAAUCGAUGGAAGCUCAUCUAGUACCGUACCUACGUCCUAUUUAUACCAAAACCCUAAUCUGCUUUGGACUGAUCAUUUACAAGAGCAAUAUCCAACAGGAACCCAAGCCUCAAUAGAAAAAUAUGAGAAUCCGAUCAUCUCAUCUUUUUCUCAUCACUCAUAUCCAUCGGAGCUCGAUAUUAUAAUUCAAAAUUGCAAAAAAUGGGAUACGGUUGGCGGUACCUCGGAAUCCAGUACUACUGCGGAAGCCGUAAAGGUGGAAUAUAUAUCACUGGAACCAGAACCGGAGGAGGAGAGUCGUGAAGUGCAAACUGGAAAGCGCAGCUGCACUGCGUUGAAAUAUAAUGGUCAGCAGACUAGCAUGGAUGCUAGUUCAUUUGGGAGCUGUAACUUGUUGGAUUUUGACUUUGUGGAGUCUACAGUACUAGUGCCUUGUGAAAUGGAUUACCAUCUGAAGGCCAAUAGUAUGGAUCAACUUGCAUGGCAUCGUGAGUAGCUAGCAGCAGUCAUAUAGCACUCAUCAUAUAAAUAUUUGUUUUCCUUUCGCGCUUUAGCACCUGAUUUUUGUAAGUUUGAGACUAUUCUGUUCAAAAUAUUGUUAACUCUAAAAUUGUACCAAAAA